GGUGGGAAGCUCUGCGUGGGAGUGAGGAGGGAAAAAAACAAGACUGAGGCGAGUUCUUUGAUAGCUGUAUUGUUUGUAUCUACUUUGUUCAAAGAGCAUUGCUGAAAGUGUGCUGCUUGGAGGUUUAGUGCUGCAAGUGAAAAAAAACUACAGGAACAGCGUGGGGGAGUUCAGUGAAAGUUCUGCUGGGGAAACCUGCAGUUUUCAACACUCAAGAACAAACCAGGCAGCAGGUACACUGUACCAUCACCUCUGACAAGUCACUGGAUCAACAUUGACUUCUCGACUGCCUGAAUUAUUGAAUGACAUAAGCACAAAACCAGCAGGACGCUCAAAAAAGUAUUUUCUCCAGAUCCAAGUGAAAUUGGAUGAUCUACAACAAGCACAUUAACUUAAACAAGCAACAUUUUUCCUGCAAUGGAGACAAAAAACAAACACGUGGUUUUGCAGCUUUGAGACUAUCUUCACAUUUGAAUUUACUCUGGAUUAUAACACUUGAAUAAAGAAGAAGAGAACAGUCACCCAGCUACAGAAACUGUGCAGGGAUGUGUUGUGUGUAACUCUGAGGAGGAGUAGUGUAGAAAACCACAAGCCUGCGAAUGAGGGUGGGGCUCUCCCACUGCCACAGACAAAGACCUCGAUAGAGAUAGCCCUGGUUUGAGAACUGGUCAAGUGGGGCAGUUUUGGACCUGCACAGUCCAGCACAAACGUCACAAUGGGGUGCAACAUGUGUGUGGUCCAAAAGCCCGAAGAACAAUACAGGGUCAUGUUCCAGAAGGGUCACAUAGACAACAUGUCGUGCUAUUUUGGCGCUGACGGUCGAUUAAAGGUGAAUGGAAAGGAGCUGACCCGCCUUUCUGGGGAUCCCACCUUGGACAACAUGCUGAGGCGGGGGGCCCGCAGACGUGCAUGCCUAGCAGGAGCCCCUGUGGUGCCAGUGACCAUGGGCAUGGCCGACUGUGUGGACAGCUGCACCCAAACAGACAUCAGCUUCCAGCAUAUGUUGACUCUGGGCAAGAGCAGCCAGCAUCCCUGCGGAGCUCCACCCCCACCAGACCCUCCGCCGUCCCCUCCACUACCACCACUACUGGAGCCAUAUCUACUCAAUGAACUUUUUAUAGAGCCCGUAUACUACGACCCCACCGACUACUUCGAUAUCACUCAGCAUGAAGUAGACAGGCAGGAUGAGCUGGAGUACGAGGAGGUGGAGCUGUACAAGUCUCGUCAACAGGAUAAACUCGGGCUGACAGUUUGUUACAGAACCGAUGAUGAGGAGGACCUGGGGAUAUAUGUAGGAGAAGUGAACCCAAACAGCAUUGCUGCAAUAGAUGGACGCAUCCGAAAGGGAGACAGAAUACUUCAGAUAAAUGGAGUGGACAUCCAGGACAGAGAAGAGGCAGUAGCUAUUCUCACCAGAGAGGACAGCACUAAUGUCUCCCUGCUCCUCGCACGACCCGAGAUAGAGAAUGAGAACCAGCUGGACGCAGAUGAGUUGGACUUGGAGCCGCUGGACAACGCUGUUCAUCUGCCCAGCAGCCACCGAAUGAGAGACAGCACCUCCAUCCUGGGUGCUGGACCAGGGGGAGGUGCUGGUGGGGGUGUACUUGGUUGCCACGGCCUCUCAAUAAACAGGGAUUCACCUGAUUUGCUCCAGACGGUACUGAGCAACAGCCAGGAGCUGGACAGCGGCGUGGGCCGUACAGAUGAAAGCACACGCUAUGAGGAGUCUUCAGAACAUGACCUUCUGGGAGACGACCACACUAGUGCCUCCAACACGAAUGCCACCAAUACACCUGGCAGCAUGCGCAAGUUCCUGUCCAGUCGAGGGGACACUCCGCCGCUGCUGCACUCCCAGGACCUCCAGUUCAGCACUGACUCUCUCUUAGGGCUGGACUGCAUUAAUGGAGGUGGGCUGGAGCAGGUGGAGCGGCUGGAGAGGGCCUACGUGGCAGAUCCUGUGAGGAUGAUGAUGCCUGGGCUCACUGAGGAGGAGUGCGAGAGGUACAAAGAGCUCCUGGAAAUCAAGUGUUACUACGAGAAGAACAGUAACGCUCUGAUGCUCCUGGGAGGUCAGGGGCCGCCACAAGAGGAGGACGGCGUCUCACUGGAUGUGAACAGAAACGAGAGCCUGACGCAGCACGAGAUGGCCCUCCUGGAAGAAGAGCUGCGCCACUUGGAGUUCAAGUGUCGCAACAUCUUGAGGGCACAGAAGAUGCAGCAGCUGAGGGAGCGCUGUAUGAAGGCUUGGCCUCUCGAGGACAAGAAUGGAGCAAGUGCAGGGGCUGGAGUAGGAGCUGGACGCUUGGACAUUAGUGGUACUCUGGGGAGUGAGGAGUCCUGUCAUCACGCUUUAUCAGACAUCAAUGAGCUCCCUGAGAGGGAGCGCUCAGAUAAGGACAGCACCAGUGCCUACAACACUGGAGGGGAAAGUUGCAGAAGCACCCCUUUAGUCAACGAACAGUACCCCUCACCCUCUACACAGAGCCUGGACAGAAGAGAGCCUCUUCUAUCAGCAGGUAUGCAGCUUCCAAACUCCACUCGGCAGAGAGAGAGAGGAACCAGGGCUGAAAGAGGGGACGGGACACAAGCAAACCUCAACCAGCCCUACUCUCCUCACUCCCACAGGAGACGAGCAGAAGCUAAGCCAUCCAGCCCUGGCGCAAAGGUCCGGUCCCUGUCCCGGAACAGAGGAACCAGGCGGGGAUCAGAUGGAGAGGUUAGACGCAACCCCAAAGCCAACGGGACAGCUGAGAGGGCAGGUGGGUACAGCGCAGAGAACAGCCCUUACCUGUCGCGCCGUCAGACCGACACGAUGCCGCCUCAGCACUACCUGAGCUGCAUGCAGCUGAGGUCUCCCUCCACCUCUGAGCGCCUCGGGGGCAGCAUGGAGACUUGGGGCGACGCCAGCCCAAUGAGCUUGGGUAGCACAUGUAAAGAUGUUCCCCAGGUCCCAGGAGCUGCACCCUUGUCCCCUCCACUGCUGCCCGCCUCCCCCCGCAUGGAGUGGAAGGUGAAGAUCCGCAGUGAUGGCUCUCGCUAUGUGGCCAAGAGGCCUGUGAGGGAUCGCCUCCUGAAGGCGCGCGCCAUGAAGAUCAGAGAGGAGCGCAGCGGCAUGACAACGGAUGAUGACGCUGUGAGUGAGAUGAAGAUGGGCCGCUACUGGAGCAAAGAGGAGCGCAAGCAGCAGCUGCUGAAGGCCCGAGAGCAGCGGCGGCGCAGGGAGUUCAUGAUGCAGAGCCGGCUCGACUGUUUGAGAGAGCGCGAGAGGGAGCAGGGUGGCAGCGGUGGGGGGCAGCCGGGGACCACGCAGCCGCAGGAACCCCCCUCCAUCCUGGAGCUCUGUCACAGGAGGAGCAUGAAGAAGAGGAGCCGCAGAAUCCUGGACAACUGGAUCACGAUACAGGAGCUACUGGCACAUGGGACCAGGUCUGCUGACGGGAAGAAAGUCUACAACCCGCUGCUGUCCGUCACCACAGUCUGAGAUAAAGACGGGGAGGAGGAGGACGAGAGAUGUGCCAAAGUGUUUUCAUAGGGCCUAUAGGAUGAACACAAGCUGCUUCAGCACACCAUGGCACAAAUAUUUGUCAGCAGGGAUGCAGCAACACUUGGUAAUAUAAAGUAGCAUGCCUUAGGCACCAACCCUAAAAUGUUUGGACUGGAGAAAAGUUCAUGACUGAGACUGCCAUUAAAAGUCGGUAUCAUCCCAAAUAGAAAGACAAUGCACACAUUUACAAUUUUUUCAAAUUGAAGCUCCAUUUCAGAACUGCAAUCCACAAUCACAACAAAGAGAUUUCACAAACAGUACAGCAGGGAUUUUCAAAGUCAGAGUCUGUGGGCAUCUCAGACAAGGUUUUGGAUGAGUUUGGAUGAUAUAUUACUAUCCCUUUUGUUGGGAGUAAUAUUUGGCCAAGAGUAUCUAUAGAGUAAUGGCCACAGUAACUCAACAACUAAGCCAAGAUGUAGCCUAAUAUUACUGUUUGACAUAACUUGAGUAAACAGCAAAUAUACGAAAAGUCUUUCCAGUUUUGGACUUAAAAAAUUGUAAAAUUCCCUCAAACAACCUCUAGGCUCUUCUACGUGAUCUUCUUGAUCACAAAUGCAAUAUAUUUUUUAUCUUCCAUUCAUUGAACCUCCCCUGAAACAAAUUGGACCUUUGAGGAGGUCCGCCUCCCAGUUUGAAAACCCCUGUAGUACAGUAUACAAAGACACUGUGUCGAUCUUCCAUUUCACCUGGUUGAAUGGACCUAAACCUGUCAUUUCACAAUGCUUUACCUCCCACACGAGAAGAAUGUGAUCCUUUAAACUUUCAUAUAAACCAGCUUUUCCGAUUUGAAAUCUGGGCAUCACACAAUAAAUGCACAAGACAAAAAAGAAGUGUGUGUUGAUCAGCCGGGUCCAGACUACUCCAUAAAGAGCCGUGUGGCUGCAGGUUUACAACUGUUUAAAGACUGAGAUAAUGAUUGAUUAAAUGAGUCGAUCCAUCUUGGAGUAGUUCGGACAUGCCUGGUGUAGGUGGACAAGUGGACAAACGUAAAGAUUAUCAUUAUGAAACAUUAACAUUCAGAGGGAGCCCAUUUAGAAAUGCAUCACCACUGGAGAUCUGUCUUCUUAACAUAAAGGAGUGAUGGCAUCUCCUGCUAGCCAUUAGAGGAGUGGUGCACAAAAGUAAUCUUUGCAGGACAGAACUGAAGGAAAUUAAAAAUGGGGAUAAUAACCAUUCAGCUGUGAAAACAUGAUAAAAAGCCACUUCUGUGCCAUAAAACUGUAUAUUUACUGUCCAUAAAGGACUUUUGAAGGACAUUUUCAAAAGAACAUUGUGUCCUGGUUAAUGUUGUUACAUUUUACCUUCAUUCUUGUAGUGUUCCUGUACAAAUCCUCCUUUGUUUUGAUACAGGAAAUGCACCAUUAUCGUCAGACCACAGACGCUUUUUGAUAAUAAGAAGCUGAGCGGUGCCUUCCUUUCAGGCAGACUUGACUGUAUAGCACAAUUUUCAAAGCGAUACAAAAACGCUGAAGUACUGUAGCUGAGAAGGUAAACACUGAAGCACAAAGCAGGUUUACGUUUUUUUAAAGAAAGGCACACUGUGUCGUACAAAAGCACAGAAAACAUUUGAUGUUUCAGUAAAAAAAGCACAUUUGGCAUUUUAAUGAAUAAAAAAAUCCUUUACAGUUUCAAAAUUGCAAAAAUGCUUUUUCCAGACCAAACAAUUUUGGUCAGUAUGCAAUAUAAUUUAUUUCAAUGUUGACUGUGAACAAGGCAAAUGAAGAUUAUUCUUAGCUAGAAAAAAAUUCUUGAUAAUUGGAUCUACAGCUACAACAAUGGAUUUUUCUACACGUCCUGUCAGAUGUGUCGUUCCCAAAUAUGAUUAAGAGUUUUCAUUUGUCAAUUAUGAGCUCUCAAAUCUAGCGUCUGGAUAUUCAUCCAGCUAAAGCACCUAUAAUGACAAUAAGAGCGGAGAAUGGGGUGUUUAUGAAACCCUGUGAUCAGAAGCUGAUUUUUCUUUUGGCUUACAUGCAUGUUUGAUAUUGAGGCAGAGAUGUUUUCCCCCUCAUGUACUUAAAGACUAAAAGCCUUUAACAUUCUGUAUUUGUGGUGGUGUCUUUCUAUGAACUCGCCUAAAACUCUAGCAUAGUUAAACAUGGUGUACUUGUUCAAUAUUGUGACGUCUGUUCUGUGUCUGCCAUUUUACAGUGAAAGCUUUUCUAAAUAAACGCUGUGAUCAUGUAA